CCCAGCCGAAAAAACCCCAAAAUCUCGUUCUUCAACACGAAAAAAAAUCCCAGUUUCAAGUCAAAACCCUCAUUUUCAGCCUGGAGCUCCCAUUAUUUUACCCAAACCCGCCGGUUUUUCACCCAAAACCCCGAAGGUUUUUUCCCGACCCUCCGCAGGUGCCGGUGCCGCGUCACUCGGUCGGGGUCGUCAUCGGCCGCAGCGGGGAGAUGAUCAAGAAGAUCCAGAACGAUGCCGGGGUGCGGAUCCAGUUCAAGCAAGACGAUGGGACGGGGCCAGAGAAAAUCGCCCACAUCAUGGGACCCCAGCGCUGCGAGCACGCGGCCAGGAUCAUCAACGACCUGCUGCAGAGCCUGAGGAGCGGCCCCCCAGGACCCCCCGGGCCGGGGCUGCCGCCGGGGGGGCGCGGCCGGGGCCGGGGCCAGGGCAGCUGGGGCCCCCCCGGGGGGGAGAUGACCUUCUCCAUCCCCACCCACAAGUGUGGGCUCGUCAUCGGCAGAGGGGGGGAGAACGUCAAGGCCAUCAACCAGCAGACCGGGGCGUUCGUGGAGAUCUCGCGGCAGCUGCCCCCCAACGGGGACCCCAACUUCAAACUGUUCGUGAUCCGCGGGACCCCCCAGCAGAUCGACCACGCCAAGCAGCUGAUCGAGGAGAAGAUUGAGGGCCCGCUGUGCCCCGUCGGCCCCGGCCCCGGCCCCGGGGGUCCCCCCGGCCCCGCCGGCCCCAUGGGCCCCUUCAACCCCGGACCCUUCAACCAGGGUCCCCCCGGAGCCCCCCCGCACCCGGGGGGGCCACCCCCCCACCAGUACCCCCCCCAGGGCUGGGGCAACACGUACCCCCAGUGGCAGCCGCCAGCCCCCCACGACCCCAGCAAGGCGCCGGCCCCGGACCCCAACGCGGCCUGGGCCGCCUACUACUCGCACUACUACCAGCAGCCCCCCGGGCCCGUGGCAGCGCAGCCCCCGCCCGCCGCGCCCCCCGUGCAGGGGGAGCCCCCCCAGCCCCCCCCCACCGGCCAGGCCGACUACACCAAGGCCUGGGAGGAGUACUACAAGAAGCUAGCCCCCCCUGGGCGCGGUGCCCCCCCAGGCCAGCAGCCGCAGCAGCCGGGGGCCCCCCCGCAGCAGGAUUACACCAAGGCCUGGGAGGAAUAUUACAAGAAACAAGCGGCCCAGGUGGCCUCGGGGGGGGGUCCCGGGGCUCCCCCCGGCCCCCAGCCCGACUACAGCGCGGCCUGGGCCGAGUAUUACCGGCAGCAAGCGGCGUACUACGGCCAGACCCCCGGGGGGGCCGGGCCAGCACCGCCCCCCGCGCAGCAGGGACAGCAGGCUCAGUGACCCCUCCGUGCCCCCCGUCUGUGACCCCCCCGUUUUGUUUUGGGCGAGCGGCCGCGGCCGGCCGGGGAGAGCGGCCCCCCACGACCCCCCAAAAUCCCCCCAAAAUCCCCCUGGGA